CUCACCCGUACAUACCGAGUUAUUCGUCCGUCGCUUAGACAAGCGAUUUUAAAGAGAUGUCGGCUGCCGAUUUCGACUCGCUUGAUUUCAUCACUUUCCAGGCAGAUUCGAGCAGAGGCAAGGAGCCAUUGGUUGCAGGUGAGAUUGAAGGGCAGCCAUGUCUGGACUGCAAUUGUCGAGGACUUUCUUCUCAUCCAUGGAGAAAGAGCUGCAUUUUCUGCAAAUGUCCAUUAGAGUGCCAUGACAUUCCUCUGAAUGCAAGCCAUAAUAAUUUGCCAGAAGACCGUAUGGGGGUUGAAGAGAAGCCACCAAAGCCAUCAUUGACUAAAGUGAAGGAAGCGAAUGCAGAGGGAUUUGUAUGGGUGCCUGCUGGUCUGACAGGUGGCCAGAUCACAGAAUUCAUGUCUAAGCUGCCAGAAGAUAAGGUCCCAAAACUUGAUUCUAAGGGUGCUAGGUUUUGGUUGAAGCAGCGUGUUUACCAGAUGCCACUGCAAGAUUUCUCUACAAAGCAUUGCCGCAAACUGGCACUGGAUCAGAAGAUGGCUAUGGAUGACAUGUGUCUGAAGAGGCUAGACAAGGCUGUGGGAGUUGGAGCAGUGAAAACAGGCCUCACCAUGCCAGCAUCAUGCACUAAGUGCACGAUCCCAAUGAAUGUUGGUGAGAUGGCUGUGUUUGCCAUUCGCUCAGGACCAGACUCAUGCUGGCAUGUGCAAUGUUUUGUGUGCUCAGAAGAUAGUGAGCUCCUAGUUGAUCUUGUCUACUGCUGGGAUGAAGAAAAGCAGAAGCUAUUCUGUCCAAGGCACUGGAGCGAGUCACUAAAGCCUCGCUGUGCAGGAUGUGAGGAGUUGAUCUAUGUAGGGGAAUAUUCCCAGGCUAUGGACCAGAACUGGCAUCCAGGUCACCUUUGCUGUUACUACUGUGAUGAGUCAUUGUCAAACCAGAAAUUUGUCACAGUGGAUGAGCAGCCUUCUUGCAUCAACUGCUAUGAUAAAAAAUUUGCCAAUAAAUGUGAGAAUUGCAAGAUUCCGAUUGGUCCUGGCACUAAAGAUGUUGAUGUUCGUGGUAAACACUGGCAUGAGGAAUGCUUUGUAUGUUCACAGCCAGAAUGUAAAAAGCCUUUGCUAAAUCAAGGGUUCACCUUCAAGGAAGACAACUUGAUCUGCCACUCCUGUCGUGGAAUUACCCCAUCCAAAGUUUGUGAAAUAUGUGGUAGAGAUUUUGCUCCAGGGGAGAAGAAAGUUGGAUAUCAGAGCAAAACCUUCCAUGAGAAAUGUUUUAUAUGUGAUGAAUGCAAACAACCUAUUGGUACUCAGCAGUUUAUCAGAAGAGAGGACAAGCGCCUGUGUGGAAAGUGCUAUGAGACUGGUUAUGCCAGGAUCUGUGUCAGGUGUAAUGAGCCUAUAAAAACUGCUUCAGUAAAGCAUGAUGGCAAUGUGUACCACUCAGAAUGCUUCACUUGUACAAUGUGCGCACAACCAUUGGCAGGAAAGCCAUUUACCAAGCAUGAGGGAAAUAAUGUUUGUCAAGAUUGCUACCGCAAUAAUUUUGCAAAGAGGUGUGCAGCUUGCGAGAAGCUGAUAGAAGGAAGUGUCAAAUUUGUAGCUUAUGGUGAAAAAUUUUAUCACCGAGAUUGCUUCACAUGUGCCAGAUGUGGUAUGGCUUUGGCUGGUGAGAAGUUCCGUGUGGUAGAGGAUGAGAAAGUGUGCAUCAAAUGCAGUUCUUAAAUUAGUUAACUGAAAAACUACUUGAUUCUGCAAAGCUGGCAGUAAUUGAAUAAUUAGAUAGAUAAAUAAAGUGUAUUUGUCAUUAAUUCUCUUGAAAUCAGGAGUGAACGUGCUGGGCACGUCAAAGUCUUAGAUUUAGGAUAAUUUUUUACAACUACUGCCAACUAUGCAGGGUCACUUUGCUAUUACUUAAUUAAAGACCAAACUAUA